AUGUCCGAUGGGUUUGUUCAAAAUGGUAGCACAGCGCAACAAGAACGGCCCUCCAUAUGGAAGAGGAUGGUAGCUAAAUGUGGAAUUGAUGCUCCACUUGUGAUUUUGAUGCUUAAAGGAACCGUUGCACCUACAGUUGGUCUUGCUAUGUAUCAGGCCGACUCUGUUGCACGACAUUUCUCGACAAUUGGCUAUCUCAUCCCAAUCAUGUCCAUCCUAUCUAUCCCAGUACUACCUCGGGCACGAUUUAUUCAAAAUCUUCUUGUGACCUCCCUUUUGACGUGUUUAGCAGCCGCAAUCUCCCUCCUUGCAAUGUGGUGUGCAGUCAAAGCACGAGAAAACACGACUCAUAUCUCCGAAGCGCAUUCCAACGGCCCAGUUCCUGGUUCUACUGUCAGUCCGUUCAAUGCGGCAGCCAGCGUCAAUAUGGGAGUCUGGCUUUUCUUCGAAGUAUGGCUAGCCAACACAUUCCGUGCAUAUCUCCCUCAAUAUUUCCUCCCUUCCAUCAUUUUCUCCAUUUUUAUCAACGUGACGGCAACCUACGGAACGCAAUACGCAAAUAUGAAGCAAGCUGAAUCUCUGAUAACUCAUUUACUUGAAAGCUUUUUCGUUGGGUUCGGAAUCUCUGCAGCCACAAACCUCCUCAUUGUUCCACUCACAUCUCGAACAAUUGUCAUGAAGGUAAUGGCUGGAGAGAUCCUGGGAUUUAAGUCCGCUUUGCAAGCGCAGAGUCGAUAUAUGACGUCACUAUCCACGCGUAAUUGGUUUGGCGGUGCGCAUGCAUUAAACGACCUUGAUAGAAGAGACGACUCCUGCAAUUCUCCCUCGGAUACCACCCCGUGGACUGAGGCUGACGCGUUGGAGAACAUCUUAAGUCAGGUUACAGGACUCCAUGCAAAGUCAGAAGCGGAACUUCGCUACGCGAAGGUUGAGAUGACAUGGGACAAGUUAAAUGCGAAGGAUUUGGAGACUAUUUGUCACUUACAAAGAAGGAUCUUGCACCCCAUUUUAGGCAUGAAGUCCCUCAGUCAUGCCGCGAAUCGGAUCGAGAAACGUGGUGGUUGGGAUGCUCUCCAGGACAGAGAGAGAGAGCAGUGGUAUUGGAUACUUGACAAGGUGUGCGGCUCUGCCCAACGGCUUCAGGAAGGAAUGAUACUAGGACUUGAGGAGUCUUUGUAUAAUCUGGGCCUGGGGAAACGGCCGGCAUCAACUGUGAAAAGCGAUAUUGAAGCAAAUGGUUUCCAUCACACAUCAAGGGAGAAGGACAUGGUCUCGCACCUUGAGAGCAUGAUACAACAAUAUCUUGCAGAGCGAGAAACAACCCUGAAAGAGUGGUGUGCUUCCAAUGGCUUGGACCGUUCCUCACAACAGAACGACGCGGCACAAAUGGACGAUGGUUUGCACCAACAGCACUUGGCUCAGCUGUAUCUGGUACUAAAUCUAGAGUAUCUGUCCAUUACAACUGCGCAAGCUAUCUUAGAUCUUGUCAAGUUUGCUGAAUCCAAAGUCAACGACGGGACAAUGGGUAGGAAAAGGCUCAUCUUCCCAAGCUGGAAACGACUUAGGAAAUGGGCCCGAGACGCAGUAUCUCGAGAAGACAGCAAUUUGGAUUAUCAGGAUUACAGUACCCGGUCCGGGACUGUCACGGUCAGUCUUAGCGGCCUCCUCCCAGCAAGCAAGAACCCUGAACACGCUCCCCCGGUGUCAACCUGGGAAAAGGUAUCGGAUAAGUUUCGUAUCUUUAUGAAUAUGUUUGGCUCUCCGGAGUCAGCAUUUGGCUUCCGAGUAGCAACAGCCACCAUGGUAAUUGCAAUCACUUGUUUCCUGAGGAAUUCUCAGCAAUUCUUCAUUAAACAACGCAUCAUCUGGGGUUCAAUCAUGGUCGCCAUCAGCAUGACGCGAACAGCGGGUUCGGGUAUUUAUGGGCAAUUCCUACGAUUUGGCGGGACAGCACUCGCGAUGGUUGCAUCUUACAUUGUUUGGUACAUUGUCGAUCAGCACACCGCGGGCAUUAUCGUCUUUUUCGCCAUCACAAUGUUCCUCUAUCACUACCCAUUGGUUAAACACCAUGACACCAUCGUCGUUCCCAUGAUUGGAAUGGUCACAGUAAUCCUGAUAGUGGGGUAUGAACUCCAAGUCAAGAAAAUUGGCAUUCCUCUCUCGAUUUCCAACGGCCAAGUCUUCCAUCCUCUUUACGAGCUUGCUCCGUACAGGUUAGCCACAGUACUUGGUGGUCUAGGUGUUGCAUUCAUCUUUACAUACUUUCCGUCAGUCAUCACAGUUCGACACCAACUUCGAGAAGACUUAGGGACUUCCCUCUAUCUGCUGGGCAAUUACUAUUGCUCUGUGCAUCAGACGGUUUCGUUGAAUAUCAGAGGGGCAGAAGGGGAUCCAGGGGACAAGAUGAGCCCGGGUAGACGACUUCACAAAGCUCGAAGUCGACUCUUCACCAAAGAAAUCAUUAUUCUCGAAGGCAUGAAGAAGCACAAGAAAUUCAUGGCUUGGGAACCCGUUUUAGGUGGGAAGUUCCCACAAGCGUCCUAUGACAGGCUCAUUGAUCAUACCCAACGCAUGCUUCAUUUCACAACCAUGAUAUAUCACGUCGCUGAAUCUUUUCCAAAUUUCCCAACUCCCACUGGCGUUCAAAGCAAUUCAGAUACUUGGUUGAACGAUUUUAAACAGCUCGUCAUUUCUUUAGAGCUGAGUUCUCGAGAUAUAUCGGCCGCACUCUCCAUGAUCUCUACCGCCAUCUCAACAGGCCGACCAUUAUCUCCGUUCCUUACAGCUCCAGAGCCAGUCAAUCUAUAUCAGUUGCUCAAGAAGAGUGACCGUCACAUCCUUAGCUCGGCGAGAGUGUGUGAGCCGGGAUACGCGGCCUUUGCCGUGAUACAAGUAGCAACUUCACUUUUGGCGGAUGAUCUAAAAGGACUGUUAUGUGAGACAAAGAAGUUAGUUGGAGAGGAGAACUUCGGCGUUGAUGCUUUGACGCUCCGUGAUCAAACCUAG